CUUAAUCAACACUGCAUUUUGUAUCUACUUAGGUUAUCUUUGAUAGUAAAAUAUGUUUGAUCAUCUGAAAUGUUUAAGUGUUAUGAAAAGCAAAAACAGAAGAAAAUUACUUUUAACAGAAUAGUACAUCUACUCUAGAAGUUGCCAAACAUUGUGUGAAGAAAACAGUUCUGUCAGAAAUACAGUUCUCAGUAUAAAAUAACAUUUUAUCACAUGAAUCAGGGUGUUUUCUUAUGAGCCAUUACUUUCAGUUGACAUAAAUAAAAAUCUUGUAGAGAAAAAAAAACAUUGACCGGCUUAUUACGUUUGGAUCAAAAUUAGCAACAGUCCAACUAGUGGACAUUUCAAGAGAGAUACAGGCAAGAAACCAUUACAUUCAGAUUUCAUCCAGCUGUAUAAUGAGCAGGAGAAGGAAGCAAACCAUGUGAAAGCAUGAAAAUAACUGAUAAAUUAGUUCAUUCAGCAUUAAAAUAGUCCACUAAAGACUGUUUUUUUAACAGAGAAAAGAUGCAGGAGCAACUGUUCAGUUAAUAAGCCACAAGUUGAUGCUCCCCUCUGCUGGAUAAUAAAUGGCAUCACAAGUUCAGACAUUAUUCUGCUGCACAGGAGUACAAUGUCUGACAUUGUGCACACUUUCAGAAAGUGUGUACAACUGGUAUCUAAGUCACAGCUGUAAUGUCAGAGCUGUUUAGUGCAAGCAUAAGUGUCAUAUUGCAUUAACAUCCCACAGAUGGAUUCCCUCUUGUGCAUCUAUGGCAGGAAAUGUCUGAGGCUGAACAACAGGAUCUGAGGAAAAUAAGUCUCUUUUUAAGAGUUAACUUUGCACCACAGAUCUAAUUGAUUCCACGUUCACUGAACAAAAGUACAACUUGCAGAUAAUUGCCAGGGGCUGCUUUGGGAUCAAUGAAUGCCAACAUGUUGGAAAGUCUGGGUGUGGGUGGCUGCCUGCUGCAUCAAUCUGGAUGUAAUACGGAGUCAUUUCCUGGUCAUUGCCCUGCUCUGCUCUGCUUCUGUCUGUGUGGAAAAAGUUCCAUGAUCGAACAUAAAGAAAGCUCUCAAACUGUUGGGGCGUCUGUUUUAGAGCUUUGUUUUAGACUCCUUUGGGUGGAAACGGGGGUCUAUGGGUAUCCUCUGGAGAGCCAAGCUUCUCAGCCUGGAUGCAACAUCAGGAUGGAGCGCCCGUGAUGGUGUGUGAUGAGUCACCCAGGAGGUCAUGCCAGGCAGCCCAGAGAACAUCCCCCUGGGAGAGUGUACACUUUCCCAGUCCCAGGAUCAGCUGACACCCCCGAGCCAUGCAGCGAGCACAGUUUUCACUCUGUCGAGAAGCGAGUCCCUCUGGACCACGGACCCCCCACAGAAAACAUGUGAAGUCUUCUGGUUCCCCAUUCACUUCAUGUCCACCGGGGGAAGCUUCCUGGCCUGUGGCAUCAUCAUCAGCGGCCUGUACUUUGCCGGCCAGUGCAAGAAGGUCACCAACAUCCUGGGACCGGCCCUGCUCUCCAUAGGCUUGAUGAUUUUCGUGGUGGGAAUGGUCCUUAUCCCAAUCACCAAGGAGAACAAAAAGCAGUCGAACAUGAAGAGGCCCCUCAGUUAUUACAAUCCUCCAGUCUUUAAUGUGUGAUGCCAUGAGUGAUUUCCCAGGAAACUUCCGUAUUUGGGAAAACAACUUUCAGCAUGGGAUUAUAUCCAGAAACAAUGUAUGAUGUAACUCAACAUGGAGACAUUUCUGUUUGCUUCCUGGGUCAACAGGACUGACCUUGCUAUCUUGAGUAUGCAUGACUACAUCUGCAUCAGCUGUUGAAAAAAACAUGAGCACCAGUAGACAAUAAUGUGAAGUUUAAAAUGCAAUUAUUCACACAUUUACUAACAUUUUAGCUCAGAUGACAGUGAGCAAAGAGACUUUUUUAAAUAUUUAUGCAAGGAAGAAUUACACAAGCAAAGUUUUCUAAAGUUGUACUGAACCUGCUGACUCAUGAAUAAUUAAACUGUUUCAUAAUUA